ACCCGGUGCGUUGCCGUGGAGAUGGCGCCACAGGGGGCGGGGGCAGGAGGAAGCGAUCCGAGCACCACGACGCGGCGGGCCCCAAACUCCCCUUCCCCGCCGCCAUUCCCAAUUAUGUAAGCGCUUCCGGCGUCGUGGACCACUCUGACAUCAUCCGCCGCAUCCCGGUGAUGUCAGCGCCAGGAGCGGUGCGUGACAUAAGUGCGUAGGGGAGCGCGGUGACAUGUGCUAUUUAAAGCUCCCCGGGUGGAGGAUGGAGGCAGACUGAGCAGGUGCAGUCGAGAGCAGUAGCGAGCUGGUUGCUCGUGACAGCGUGUGCGGUGGAUUGUAGGACCUUUCCCUUCCCGAUGUGGCGUCUGCGCCUGCCCACCGCGAGGGGAUGGGCGGGCGGAGGCGUGGGGCGGAGGAUGCAAAUGGACAGAGGCAGUGGCUCGAGACCGCCAGAGCAGCCGGUCACCGCCUCGCACGAAGCUCCCUUCCUUCCUCCGUCCCACCAGCAGUGCUGAACCCGCGGCCCCGCCGCAGAGGAGCGCGGGUUCGACGGCCCCUCCCACUGGCAGUGACCGACCCGCCGCCCCUCAGGACGAUGUCCGUCCGCUCGCCGUAGAAGAAGGCGUGACGGCGAGCAGCAGACCCGCCGCCGCGGGAAGGAGAAGCGGCACUCCGCAUCUCUCUAGUCGGGAGUGGGCGGAUCGGGGGAGCGCGGCGCCCCGAUGCCGGGAGCCAAAUGCCAGAGCCAGUGCCGCGGUUCGCUCUGCCUCCUCGGGAGAAUGCAUUAGUGAACGCCUCGCUGCUGGGGGUGGUGCUAGGGGGACCAGCGGCGUAGAGCUCUGCGCGCACUUCCUGCUCCAUCCCUCUCCGCCUCUGAGUCGCACGGAGCCUUCGUCAGCCGCUCGCCUCCCGGCGAGAAGCGCUGCAGCCGCCGCAAGCCCCUCGCGGAGAAGCGCCUCCACGUCCGCCCGCAGGAGGGGACCCAUCUGCCCCCGGAGCCGCCGUUGCCACUCACCCGAAGGCCGGAGCCGCUGCCUGCGGGCGCCUGGCGAGGCCGGCGGCCAUGGGAGCUCGGCCCGCGGGGGCCGCUCCCUAGCGCGCGGAAGGCUCCGCUCGGUCCGGGGCUGUGGAGCUGCCGUUGCGGCGAGGAGAGCCCCGGAAACGCAGCACCGCCGGCCGCCAUGGGCCAGGCUGGCGACAACCCCAUCCCCCCAGGAUGAGCCCUGUCACUACAUCUCCCCCUCUUUCAUUUAAUAUGAUGUUAACAAUACGCCGUAUCAUGCUUUGAAGACAGUGCAAAAUACAAGGGAACAACCCAUCUUCAGCACCCGAGCUCACGUCUUCCAGAUUGACCCAAACACUAAGAAGAACUGGGUUCCCACCAGCAAGCAUGCUGUUACGGUGUCCUACUUCUAUGACAACACAAGAAAUGUCUACAGAAUAAUCAGUUUGGAUGGCUCAAAGGCAAUAAUAAAUAGCACUAUUACCUCCAACAUGACAUUUACUAAAACAUCCCAAAAGUUUGGCCAAUGGGCAGACAGUAGGGCAAAUACAGUCUAUGGCUUGGGAUUUUCAUCUGAACAUCACCUUUCAAAAUUUGCAGAAAAAUUUCAGGAAUUUAAAGAAGCUGCACGACUAGCAAAGGAAAAAAAACAAGAAAAAAUGGAGCUGACAAGUACACCCUCUCAAGAAUCAGCUGGAGGGGAUAUUCAGUCUCCUUUAACACCAGAAAGUAUAAAUGGGACAGAUGAUGAGAGAGCGGUGCCGAAAGUGACACAGAACUCAGAACCAAGGGCUGAACCAACACAGAACGCAUUGCCACUUACCCACAGUUUGACAAUCAGCAAGCAUUGGGAAGCAGAACUGGCCAUGCUCAAGGGUAAUAAUGCUAAACUCACAGCAGCGCUGCUGGAAUCCACUGCCAAUGUAAAACAAUGGAAGCAACAGCUUGCUGCAUAUCAGGAGGAAGCAGAACGUCUUCAUAAGCGGGUGACUGAGCUAGAGUGUAUGAACAGUCAAGCCAAUGUAGUCCACAAGCAUAAAACAGAAUUAAACCAGACAAUACAAGAGUUAGAGUCUACACUGAAGAAAAAAGAAGAGGAAAUAGAAAGACUGAAACAAGAAAUUGACAGUGCCAGAAAGCUCCAGGCACAGAAGGAUUCUCUGACCCAGAAGUUACAGGAAGUAGAAAUUCGAAACAAAGACCUGGAAGUCCAGCUGUCUGAUCUAGAGCAACGUCUGGAGAAAAGUCAGAAUGAGCAAGAAGCUUUUCGCAAUAACUUGAAGACAUUUUUAGAAAUUCUUGAUGGAAAAAUAUUUGAACUAACAGAGUUACGAGAUAAUUUGGCCAAGCUAAUAGAAUGCAGCUAAAGAAAAUAGGAUUUCAAUACCAAUCAGCCUAAAGAUGCACUGUCUCUCUUCAUAGGACUGUGUUGGACCCUGCAUCAAAGUUGCACAAAAAUAGAAAAUGCUCCUCUUAGAGGGAUUGUUUUAAAUUUGAGUCAUAUUUCAAUAUAAAAUUUAGAACUCGGCUUGUAGCUAGUUGAAGAAAAAAACUACAAACAAACUUGAAUUACAAAUUACCUCCUUGUACAUUAUUGGCCAUAGAUAACUUGAAAGAUAUUAACAGUCACUUAAUGCAAUCCUUUUCCAGUUAUCAGUGAUGAAAGAAUUAGCAGUGUCCCAGUUCACAUUCCCUUUUUGUGAUAGAUACAAUAUAGGUUAUCUGCUUUUUUAUUUAUUUAAGAUAUUUAAUUGCUGUGUUUUGUGCAAGAACAUAGUGAUGACAGCCCUGUAUUUCGUUGUUCUUAAUAAUUUCUCAGGAUACUUUCCACUGUGGAGCAGCACUGCUGUUACUAAUUUAUUCCUUCCAGGAGUGAGAGAGAGCUGCAUCUUUAAUUGAAUCAACAUUACUAUAUCUGCUUGUAUAAAUUUAUUCCUUUUGGGGUUUUUCAGUUAGUUGGUUGGUUGGGGAUACUGUAUUUCUUUAUGGAGCUUACUCUGGUGUUCUACAGUAUUGCCAAUGUAAGGUUUACUUUUUCAUAUGAAUUCCAUGUAAUUAUAGUGAAAUACUAUCUUCCACUUAACUAUAUUUUGAAGUCAACUAACGAUGGCAGGUGAGCCUCUCAGAAGAAAAAAAAAAACCAAAAAAAAAAAAAACCAAAAAAAAAACAAAAAAAAAAAAAAAAAAAACAAAAAAACAAAAAAAACCAAAACCCUGAGAAUUUUACAUGUAAAAUUUGACAUGCACAGAUAACAAGAAAUAGCCAGUUGUUUGUUUUCUGGCCAUGAUCCAUAUAUCGACUAUGUUCAAUUAACUGUUAACCUGUUCUUCAGGAGACUUAUUCAGAAUGUCACAUGAAUUUGAGGUUUUGGGAAUAAUGGCUUAUGAGGAGCAUUGUUUAUUACAGAUUGCAUUAAGGGCAUAGAGCUAUUGCAAGGGAUUACAUGUACACUGAACUUGUCCAGACAAGAAAGCUGUUUCUAGAAGUUUUGUUGUCAUAACAAAUUGAAAUGGAGAUAUGUUUUUAUGGUUUUUCAUAUCACAUCUUUAUUGAAACUACACAAGGCUAUAUUCUGAACUGUUAACUAAAUGCUUAAAAACAGGAAAUCAAAUUCAGUUAUCCUCAGUGAACAAGUUUUCAGGGUGUUUUGAUGUAAUUUUAACAGACUUUUGACAACACAUGCAUUUCUUUAUAUAAUAGAUUUAUUUAAAAACAAAGAAAACAAAACAAAUCUUUGAAAGGUAAGCCAAGUGUCCUGUUUUACAUCAAAGUACAUUCUUGCCAUAAAUUGCUUGUAAUGUUGAAGAGAGAUUUUUUAAAACAUAUGAAUGUGUCAUACUUCAAAGUCAAAAGAUGCACUGACAUUUGUUUGCUCCCCAAAUUAAUUUGAAUGUUAAACAUGAAAUCUAGCUGCUUAUUAAAUUUGUACAAUACAAUUUUCUCUACUAGAGACUGCUAUUCAAAACUAGAAAAGAUAAGUUUGUUUUUAUGUGUGUACUGUGUGUAUAUACCAUAUAAUACACACAGGUUCUCAUUUGUAUCAGAAAUACAUACUUUAUUUCUAAAAUACUGGGGUUUUUUCUUUACCAGUAAUUUAUUAGGUGUCCUCUGACUAGUCAGGAAAAUGGUUUAGGUCAAAUGCUAAACCAUCAUGUAUUAUACUGUGUGUAAUGUACACAAUGUUUAAGUUUUCACCAUAUUUAUUUUCUCAAUUAUUUUAUUAAUUUUAUUUAUUAAAGGAGUGGGGGGAGCUUGGUUCAGCAUGCUACUGGUUGAAAACUUUGUGGUAAGCUAUGGGUUUUUCAUUUGGUGGAUUUUAGAUGGUGGGGUAUAUAUAUCUUAUAUAUAUAUAUAUGUAUAUAUAUCUUCAUCAGGUCCAAAUCAGCAGGUACAACCAGUUUUUAAUUUAUCUGGGGAUGUUUGGGCCUGAUUCUCUUGUCACUUGCGCUGCUGUAAACCAGAUGUGUCCUUGUGAUGUCAGCAACAUUCAGUUGGCACAACAUCUGUGGAAGUACAAGGAGAAUCUGUCCUGUUAAUGCUCAGUGGACAUAAUAAGGAUGAAGAAAGAAUAAAACCACAGAAAGCUGAUGAUGGAAUAAAUGUAAUAUUAUUUUUAAUUAUUUUUAAUUAUUAUUGACAUUUUUAAAGAUAUUAUGUCAUUUACAUGUGGGAAAGUAGUGACCAAAAUAUUUCCACUUAAAUUUUGUGAAUAUGGGUGGUACAUGACUAUUUCUAUGUGUACAUACACACAUAUGUAUAACAGAACAUGAAAAAAUUUAGAUGUGCACAUUUUAAAUAUUUUCCUAGUUAAAUUAAAUUUAAAAUUGGAAAUUGAUAUUUGAGAAGUUAUUUUCUCCGUAGAUAUGCUUCCUUGCCUAUUUUUAAAUAAUAUAAUUACUGAGGGCUGCACCUUUGAAUUCCCAAAUAGUUGUCAAACAUAAAUAUGGGAUAAGGUGGACAUAUGUGCACAUAUAAAUAAAAUCUUAUUGCUAAGAGUAUUUUUAAUGUUUAUUUACAGUAGGUGUUUUGAAAUUGCAACCUACUGUAGCCUCUCCACUUCUAAGAUAAAAGUCUGCUUGUUUGAAACAUUACUUUUCCCAGAGACAGGUAUUAUGCAUUGUAUCUACCUUGGAUGAAACUAUGGGAAUAUGUAUAGCAGAAAACAGUGUUGAAUACUAUAGCCUGAAAACAUGACUGUGAAGUUGCACAGGAGGGGAGAGCAGACACACCACAUAUAACUCACAUGACAACUACAGUCCUGUAAAAAAAAAAAAACAAACAAAAAAAAACCACAAACAAAACACACACACACACAAAAAAACCACACCUAACAGAAAUACCCAACAAAACAACAACAAAAAAGGAAAGUAAUCAAAAAUACACUUUUUAUUUUUGAAUACACUCUCUGUUCUCUGGAGAAUGUACUUUUACUCUUUUUUUUCUUCAAACUUUUUCAACUAUGUGCAAGUGAUAGCAGCAGCUACAUUAAUCUUUCAGGUACUACUGGAUUUUGCAUUAGCAUGUUAUAGUGUGAAAUCCUGAUUUGGACAGAAAAGAUUUUUUUAAGUAUAUCCCCAUCUGGAUAGUUAGUUUUUGGAGUGUCUUGUUCAUAAUCCAUAUGCCUCAAUGAUCCAGAAAUUGCAUUUUUCUAUGUGGACAAAGUAAAACAUGUGAAUUAAUCUGUUUGUUGCAGACUGGGAAUUCCUUUUCCUGGUUAAUAUUCACAGGAAAGAGGAGAACAAAAUGAACUGAUAAUGCAGAAAUGUUGGUUUAAGGUCUCUAAAAAAAUACAGUUUCAGGUAUAAUAAAUAUAUAAAGGGCUAAACCAGAUGUAACAAAAAUAAGUAUCAUUUAAUGCUACUGGUGGCAUUCCCAGGAUAAUCCCUUUAAAGAAAACCCUGCAAGACUGAACAAUGCAUCAAUUAAAGAUUAAUAUUUUGAGAUGUGUCUUUUCAGUUGUAAGUUGUGGAAGGUUUCUGAUUUCUGCUCAUUUUUCUUCCAGUUAGGGACUAACUUCAUGCUUAUCUUCAAUAAGGGGCUAAAACUCAAAUUGUUUUUUCAUCUUUUAUAUUCUGUACUGAAGUGGCUUCUGAAAAGCACUCUCUGAACACCUCAUUCAUUUCAAGUUUAUUUCAAAGGCAAAAAUCAAAGCCUUUUUCAGAAACAGUGCAUGAAAAGAAGAAUGGAAAACUGUUGCAGACCUUAACUCUCUGCAGGUAAAAGCACUUAAUUUGUUUGAUUAAAGAAAUAUUGGAUGAGGUAAAAUAUAAACAUGAUUAGAGAUUAGGUCUGAAUGUCAAAAGACAAAAAAAACCCAACCACCAAACAACAACAAAACACAACCAACCAUCAAGAAACUCCAUCCAAAUGCACAUAGUUCAAUCUCAGUAACUGUACAGGUCAAUUAAAUGCACAGCUAUAAACUGAUUUUUUUAUUUUUUUUUUUUUUUUUUUUUGUGAAUGGACCUGACUCUGCAAAGUAAUGUUCAAAUUGUCUUGUUUACAUUUUCUUAAUAAUUGCACAUAUGUGCACUACCUCUCAAUGGUGCUAAGCAGAGAACAAGAGAACAUAUCAUGGAGUAACAGGUAUUUUUUAAAACAGUUCUCUAUUUUUGCUUAGUAGCAUUAGUUCCACUCCAGACAAAUAGGAUUAAUUUUCCCCAUUAUGUUAAAUGUCUGUGAAUGAUGAACAGAGUUUUGUGUUAAAUCCUGGAGUCAGUUCAGCUCAUCUCCAGUGUUAUGGCCAUGCAACAUAGCUGGAAAGCAGGUGCAACUGUUUAUAUCAAAAUAAACUGUGAUACCUCUAGAUAGCAUGGAUUCUCACACCAUAUGGGAUGUCAUCGUUUGCUUGCCAUAAACUCUCAGGGACUUGAAGCUGCCAGCACUGCCUCUGCGCUGUUGGCAGCUCAUCCUAGGACCAAAUAAACACAAGCGUAAUUUAUACCCACUUUCUUCCUCACUGCCUGGUGUUGCACAAGCAUAGUUCAGUGGCAACAAUACAUCUGGCAGUUUGUGUCAUUUUCAAAUGCAGGCAUGGGAAGGAACAGUAACAGUUUUAGAUUUUUUGGGGAAAGCUGUCAAAAAGAUUGCCUUACAUGGAUCUUCAAAAACAAUAUGUGCAUCCAGAUGCUAAGGGGAGAGCAAGAAGGACAAUGGCCAUUUUGGUGAGUAUAGUCCAAGCUCUGCAGAGAUUUUAUUCCAGAAACUCACCUAUUCAGUAAUCAGUUUGCUGUAGACCAGCUUGAUUUCUCAGAUUCUUUUAGGAACAUUUUUCUGAUUUCUGAAUUGAAACAGAGGUGUUGGGGACUAGGGACACUCAACAUCUCCCAGCUGUGUUACUGUGGUUGCUGUAUGUUUUGGAUUUCAAUCUUGCAUAUAUACAAAUACAGAAUCAGAUGAAAGCUCAAGAAAUACAGAUGGCUGCAGAUUGUAUUGCAUGAAUGAAGCCAGUAAAGGUUAUUUAAACUAAAUUAUUUUUUAAGCCUGUUGAAUAAAUGAGAAAUAAUUAAAACCAAUUUGCCAUUCACUAGUUUUGUACAUGAUUGUUAGACUUAAACAGUAGCCCAUUAUGCUUGGUUUUAGGAAAGAUCUUUAACUCUGUUAUAUUCAAAAGGACAUAUUAAAUGCAUAUUUUACUGUAAGCAACUUAGCAAAUAUACUAUACCUUCAAAUGCUCAAUGCUAUAAAGUAUUAAGCAACAAGUAUGCUUAAAAAGUAAAAAAAAAAAAAAAAAAAAAAAGCAAACAUUUCUAGCAAUACCUAAAAACUGAUCAAGGUUUUAACUGUUUGCCUUUUGCUCUUUUUUCUUUAGUGCAUGGCAUCUUCUGGGCUGCGAUGGGAGCUUGCAUUCUUUGGCACGGUGGCCCCGCUCACUGCAGUUGUAGGAUUUGUCUUCUCUUUCAGGUUUCUUUUUGAUGAGGUAGUAAGUGCCGCCCGGGCUGGUCACCCAGAAGGACCAAAAGGACCAAAGGGAACAAAAGGUUACCCAAAAGGUCCAGAAGGACCAAAACAUGUCAAGGUGGACAUAAUCUAAUUUCUUUGAUAGAAUUUCAAAAAGGUUUUGGUUAAUUACUACAAAUUUAAAGCUCUCUCCUGCAGAAGUGGGCAAUGUAAUAUAUAUACUCUGAUUGUUUUGAUUCCAAAGCACUAAUUUAAAGCAUCCCCCCAUAGUUUUAUUCAGAUCUUGCUCAUGCCAGUUUCCGUCCCACCCGUGUGGUAAAGUUAUGACUGUAAGAAACACAAUUUUCCAGGUUACCCUGGGUACGCCUGGGUUACCCUUCAUAGUGCUUUGCAGGCUUUCUUCAGCCUAGAAUGAUGGAUCCAGGCGUUCCAUUCUUUAAUCUUGAUAGCAGUGAAGGACGUCAGGAGGACUUGAAAUGGAUCUUCCUAUUGUGGUUCCAAAGUCUUUUUCUGCAAGGGACUUCACAUACACACAAUCGCCCAAUUGGAUGUUAUAUACUGGUCCAUCCAAACCCCUGCUUCAAGUUACAAACAGGUUUCCCAAUUUUGUUAAGUUGUUGACGCAAUACUACCAUAUGAAGAGUCAUAAUUUCAUCCCCUACUUGUGCAGACAUCCCCUUCUGUACACUAUAGGGUCUCCCAUACAGGAUGUCAAGAGGAUUUAGCCCUUCCUUUGCCCUUGGCCUUGUUCAUAUGCAAGAGAGCCAAAGGUAAAGAUUGAGACCAAGCCAAAUUCACCUCCUGCCCCAAUUUUACAAUUUGUUGUUUAAUUAGAUGGUUCAUUUUCUUUUUUCUACCUGGCCACUGGAUUAAGAAUGAUAAGGGGUAUGUAGUUGCUAGUCUACUCCCGAGUGCUGACUGAUUUGCUGUACAACUUUUGAAAUAAAAUGUGUCCCUUUAUCAGAGGAUAUAUCAGCUGGAACACUAAACCUUGGUAUUAUUUCUUGUACUAAUGUUUUAGUUACCUCCCAAGCUUUUGCUGUUCUGGUAGGGAGUGCUUCUGGCCAACCUGAAAAGGUAUCAGUUAGUACCAACAAAUAUCAGCACCCCCCUUUUCUUGGGAGUUCUGAAAAAAUCAAUUUGCCAUUACUGCCCAGGUCCAUUUCCUUUCCAAAUUUGACCCAUUUCUAGCUUGGGUAUAUUCUUAGGAUUAGUCUGGAGGCAAAGAUCACAUUGCUGUGUCCCCUGUCUUACAGUAGUAUACAAAUUAGUAGUUACUAUUUUUGAUCAAAUAUUUAUAUAAUGCUUCAACUACUAAAGGCCAAACUAAAUAGGAGGGAACAGUAAGUUUUCCCUUGUGAGGGGUGAGCCCACCCUUCCUCAUUAUAUGAUCCCUCAAGAUCUAUAAUAAGUUUCUGGUCUUCCUUAGUAUAUUCUGGCUUACCUUCUAAAAUAACCUGCCCGUCAGGGACUAGGGCACUUUCCACUUUCACCUUUUGCUUAGGCACCAGUUUUGCCUCUCUGUCCACCAGCUCAUUUCCUUUUUCCAAUUCCGAGCUCACUUUCUGGUGCGCCUUGAUAUGCAUGAUUGCCACCUUCUUAGGAAGUUGAGCUGCCAAUAUUUCUUCUGCAUGUUUGAUAUGUUUUCCUUGGGAGUUCAAGAGACCUUUUUCUUCCCAAAUUGUUCCGUGCGCAUGCACGACCCCGAAAGCAUACUUAGAGUCCGUAUAAAAGUUCACAGUUUUACCUUCAGCUAGUUCCAGAGCACAAGUAAGGGCGAUUAUUUCUGCCUUUUGUGCUGAAGUACUUUAGACAGACGUCCAGAUUUCAUCACUUCAUGGCUAGUAGUUAUAGCAUAAUCAGCAUGCCUUUCACCAUUCAGGAUAUUGCUGCUUUCGUCCGUAAAGCAGUUCUCAGCGUUCUCCAUAGGAUUGUCCUUCAGAUCUGGUCAGCUGGAGUAUGUGGUUUCGAUGGUUUCCAGGGAAUUAUGAUGAACUGGUUUUCCAAUGUUGUCACUGAGGAAAGAAGCUGGAUUGACAGUGUUAGUGACGAUGAUUUAGCUUGAUAUUUGAGACAUCUUUGUGGGGAAAGCCAGUGUCCCCCUUUUUUCUUUUAGAACUGUAGACAACUUGUGGGAUACUAGCAUAGUCAUUUUCUCACCCAUGGUAAAUUUCCAGGCCUCCUGUAUGUUCAGCACCACUGCUGCAACUGCCCACAGGCAUCCAGGCCACCCUUUUGCAGUUGCAUCUAAUUGUUUGGAGAAAUAGGCCGCUGCUCGUCAGUACGGGCCAAGAUCCUGUGCCAGUAUACCUAAAACUAUUCCCUGCUUCUUGUGAGAGAAUAGAAAAAAAAAAUGGUUUACUCACAUCUGGGAGUCCUAAAGCAGGUGCUGUCAAAGCCUUACUAAGUUCUUCAAAGGCUCCUGUAGCUCCUUUUUUCCAUUGCAGGUGUUCCUGAUCUGUGGCUGCUAGCACAUACAAUGGCUUGACAAACAAUCCAUACUUACAAAUCCACAACCGGCACCACCUUGUCAUGCCCAAAAAGGGUCCGUAAUUCUUUUAUAAUUUGAGGCUUUGGAGUUUGGAUACAGCUUCCUUUUGAGCCUGUCCCAGGGUCCUCUGCCCUGCACUAAUUUCAUAGCCCAAAUAAGUUACUUGGUGCUGUAUCAUCUGGGCUUUCUUCCGUGAUACCCAGUAUCCUUGGAGCCCCAAAAAGUUCAAUAAACUUACAGUUCAGGUUAUGCACGUCUUCUGUGUCCUGGUAGUGAUCAUCCACAUAUUGUUGCAUCUGUCCUUCAUGAGAUGGGGCUUCCCAAGAUUCAAGAUCUUUAGAGAGCUGAUUUCCAAAUAUUGUCAGGCUGGUUUUAAAUCCUUGUGGCAACGCCGUCCAUGUGAGCUGGGUUUUACAUAAAUAUUGUUUGUCUGGCUUCACAGAGAGAGAGGCAAAAAGGCAUCUUUUAAAUCUGAAACAGUAAACCAAAUCAAAUUAGAGUUAAUACAGUCAGAAAGGUGUUUGCUACCACUGGGUAGAGGUCCUUUGUUAUUCUGUUAUUCUGUUUAUAACCUGAUUUGUAUGAAUCUCUCUAUUACUGGCCGAAUUCCUUCCCUGUCCUCCCUUUUCUAAGGGCAUUGUUUUAUCCUUACCGGCUUUUCUCCUUCUUUGAUUUUUACAGCAUUUUUGCCCUUCCAGGUACAUCAGUAGUCUAUAUCCCGGGAUACACUUGGUUCACGACUUCUUCAUUAAUCUUGCCUUCUGUGGGAACAGUUGCUAAAAGCAAGCCCAUUAUUUUCAUAUACUGCUGAUCAUUUACCUCCAGAGUAAUUUCUCCUUUUUUUUGAAUCUGAUUACUGCAUCCAUUUGUUCCAACAAAUUUCUCCCAAAAAGGUUUCAAGGAAUUGGACAUAUAUAGAAAUUUAUCAAUACCUACUUGUUUACCAAUUUGUAUUUCAAAGGUUAACAAAAAUAUGCCCUUUCACUUUGGCCAGUGACUCCCUUUACCUACUAUGUAAUUGUUACUUAUUGUCCAUCCAUCAAAAAUUCCACUUGUUUCUGUUCAUUCCAGGUUCCCAGCAGUCUUUUUCAAAACUUGCUACUGUCCGUUUCUCUCUGCCUACUUCCUCUGUACCUUCCCCAACAUGCAUUUUGCCAAUAUAUAUACUGACCUCUCUCUAAAGGCUUCCAAAGCCUUCCAACCUCUUCAGUUCCAUACUUUCUUAUCCUUUUGACAAUCUUCCUUUUCCGGUUCCUGAAUACUCUCCAAGCUUCAUCUAACAACAUUUCCAAAUUUCUACUUUCUGUUGCCCUCAGUUUCUAUAACUUCUCUAGAGGAGCUCGCACCAUUUUGGGUGUCAGGCUACCCUGAGAGGCAUACGGCUUGUCAUCCCACCUCCUCCCCCCUCCGCUGCUUCUAGCAGUGGUGGUUUUUUUAUUUUUCUCUAUAUUUUUUCUUUCUCUCCUUGCUGCAGUUUAGACACAGACAAGGCCACGCGGAUGGGGGAGGUUGAGUUUAUCUUAGAGCUUGGCACAGGCUUGUAAUUUAUGUUACAACACAGGCCUGGGAUAUUUCGCUUUCUUGUUUUUCCAUUUAAUUCAAGUCAUUAUACACUUCAUAUGCAAUUCCAAUUAGCUCAGCGAUAGUUACAUUCCCCAGUCCCAUUUACCUUUUGCAGAUGUCAGAAAAACAGCAUAUUAAACAUAAGUCCAUUAUUUCUAUUUUCCUAGAUCCAAUUCAAUUCAUAUUCUAGCCACUUACAAACCACUUUUAAAUACAAUCUCCCAAGCUCACAUCCAUCAUAUCAUUUCACAUCAUUUCACAUCAUUUCACAUCAUAUCAUAUCACAUCAUUUAGUUUGUUCUUUUACCAUAUCUCUGACUAGCACAUAAAUCAGAGUUUAACAACUUAAAUCCUUUCCUGGUCCCAAAAUUAUUAGAUAACAAUAAAAGCAAAUUAUGUUAAAGUACUGUAUCUCAUCCUAUUUUCCAAGUUCUGCAGAACAACAUUUAAUUGCCACUAAUUGAUAUAGCCCCACAUUCAAACCACAAGUGAAUACAAUAUUGUUUCAAACUUUCUUUUAUCAGGUUUCCCCACUAAGUGACUCUAAUGUGUAAAGAUGCAUCCUAAGGAGAGCAAGAUGGUACUUUAGUAUUCUAAUGGAACCAGUUCCAUUUUGUUAUUAUGUCCCUAAUUUCGGAGGGUGAAAAACAUAUCUGCAUAUACUUUCUUACAUCGUGCGCACUGUAAUUUUAAUUCACAUGUCACGUGACUUAAAUCAAGGUGUUUUAAGCUCAUCUUCUGCUUUAUGCAGAUCACAUGCUAAAGCGCACCAGACAGCAAUUAUUGUAAGUAGCACACACUCACACAGCUUACACAAACACGGCUGGUUGGUCUUACGAUUUACGAGUUACUUGACGAUUUAGAAUGGAAUGCAUGGAAUGCCCGGGCACUUAAAAAAGAUAACACGCAGUUAUAGACCAAUUAUUCCUUUUUCACCAUUACCUUUUUCAGCAGCUGAAUAAAAAUAUUUCUACAUUACCCUUCGCUCUUGCUAAAUUAGUCAUUAGCAAAAGUCCAUCCUGGCUCUCGGAAUCAAGAUGCAGAAAUCGCAGAGUUGCUCCAUCUACCCCCAAGAUCGCUAGCAGCUCUACCCACAGACAGCAACUCCCCCCAUUUCCCAGGUAUCUCUUCCCACUGCGGAACUCUGGCCACGAGUGAGACGACUCUCCACACCUUACUGGCUUUCCGCCAAAUGCAAUUAAAUGCAUUUAAAUUUAUUGCAACAUACCUUAUCCGCUCGUGGCUGGAGAUCUUUUGUCUGCUCCUGCAAUGGACGACGGGGACUGGAGAUCUUUCAAAAAAAACCAAACAAAAAACAAAAAACAAAACACAAAACAAAACAAAACAAAACAAAAAAAAAACAAAAAAAAAAAACCCAACUUCGGGGCGCGCCUAAGACAUUUCUUCCCAAUUGUUCAAAAAGGCAAGCAAAACACCCUCCUGGGUGGCUUGCCAAAAAUGAGGCGCAGAAUGACCUUACAACCCUUGAGGUUAUAAAGAAGGAAUGACCAACUCAGUGGUUGGACUGAGAAGAACCUCCAAAGCACUUCCCAAAGCCAAACUUGCACCCAAAAAAGGUCACUGACACUGUUUGGUGGUCUACUGCCGGUCUGAUCCACUGUAGCUUUCUGAAUCCCAGCAAAACCAUUCCAUCUGAGAAGUAUACUCAGAAAAUCGAUGAGAUGCACUGAAAACUGUAACACCUGCAGCUGGCAUUGGUCAACAGAAAGGGCCCAAUUCUUCUCCACAACAAUGCCCGACCACUCGUCGCACCACCAACGCUUCAAAAGUUGAAUGGAUUGGGCUACAAAAUUUUGCCUCAUCUGCCAUAUUCACCUAACCUCUUGCCAACUGACUACCACUUCUUCAAGCAUCUCAACAACCUUUUGCAUGGAAAACGCUUCCACAACCAGCAGGAUGCAGAAAAUGCUUUCAAAGAGUUCAUCAAAUCCCAAAGCACGGAUUUUUACACUACAGGAAUAAACAAACUUAUUUCUCAUUGGCAAAAAUGUGUUGAUCAUAAUGGUUCCUCUUAUGAUUAAUAUGUACAUGUUUGAGCCUGGUUAUAAUGAUUUAAAAUUCAUGGUCCAAAACUGCGAUUACUUUUGCACCAACCUAAUCCAAGGUUAUUACAACCAUAUUACCAUAGUCUAAACCAAGGCCCACCUGAGGUACUUUAUCUCAGUGACUUCCAGUAAAACAGUUCAGCUAAGCACUUUUGAAAAUCCCAUCUCUGAUCUUCAAAUAAAAGCUUUGUUCUAA